CUGGGCACAAUUGCCCAGAACCCCCUCCCCCCACUGCAUGGCUGGAGGGGGCUAGGCCAGGAGCCACCUGCAUUAGCCCAUCCCAGUGGCCUUGUGGUCUCUGUGCCUCCUGCUGGCCCAGAGCCCUGCUGCCAGUGAAGCACUAUCUGUGCAGCACACCGCAGAGGCAGGAUGUCCUCUAGAGAGGCCUACUCGAGAACUCAAAAUAGCAUGAAAUUUAAUUUUCCGCCUAUUUGACAAGGCUUGGACCAGGCCCAAUGAGCAGCAGAGAUAAGGGUCCUCGGGUCCAGGGUGUGGGCCAGCUGGGCUUGCAGCAAACACUCCACGGUCCCCUGGCAGGAUGCGUGCAGGUGAGGCUCGUCUUCGGACGCUCCCCCCGCGGGGCCCUGGUUGCCGGGCGCUAAAGCAAACGGGCUCUAUUUGUCCAGUCUGCGAUGACAAUGCUGUCGCCAAAUAUUUGCCAGCCUCAGGCGGCUGCAGAGCCCAGCUAUAAAUGCUUGCAUCCAGGUGGAGGUGGGCCUGCCGAGCAAGAGGUGCAGCAGAGGCCAGUCACUGCCUGCAGUCACAGAGGCCCCAGGAGUUCCAGUGACUUCAGGACAUGGCUGCUGGCGUGAUCCGGCCUCUCUGUGGCUUCCAGCUGCCCCUGCAGUCCCACCAGCCCUUCCUGAGCUCAGACCCAGAGCCCCUUGAAACUUCAGAGGAGGAGGAGGAAGAAGAGGAGGAUGAGGACAAUGACGACAGGGAGGGCGAGGAGCUAGAGGGCAAGGGGUCCCCUCAGAACUCAGGGGUGGCUCCCCAAGGUCCCAACAGCCCAGAGACUCCGCUGAGGCUGCUGCGCUUCUCAGAGCUCAUCAGUGGUGACAUCCAGCGGUACUUUGGUCCUAAGGACAAGGGGCAGGACCCAGAUGCCUGUGAUGUCUAUGAGGAUAGCCACUUGGCCAGCCACUCAGCCCGAGAGCUGUACUAUGCUGACCUGGUGUGCCUGGCUCAGGGCGGGGCCCCAGAGGACGAGGAGGCCACUGAGCCUGAGGUCCACUUGUCCAGGGGAUCUGAGGGGCAGGCACACAGGUCAGGCUUCAGCAAGGAUGGGACACUGCCACUGGGACCCCUGGCUGAGCUCUUUGACUAUGGGCUGCGGCAGUUUCUGGGGCCCAGGGCAUCAGCUGGCCACAGACUGAGGCUGGAGCGGAAAUACAGCCACAUCACCCCCAUGACCCAGAGGAAGCUGCCCCCAUCCUUCUGGAAGGAGCCGGCGCCCAGUCCCCUGGGCCUUCUCCACCCUGGCACACCAGACUUCAGUGACCUGCUGGCCAGCUGGUCAUCUGAGGCCAGCCCUGAGCUGCAGGGUGGGGGUGCUCAGGCAUUGGAGGGGACACAACUGACCGAAGCCUAGAGACUGGGCAAGGUGAAGGCUGUGCUGGAGGCAGCAAAGGCCACCCUUCCCAGGGUGCCCAGACUCUCCCUCAUGCUCCCUGAAUUCCUUCCUUCCAGAUAGCCGUGACCUGGCUGCCCACCUCAGGCAAGGCCUUUCCAGGCCCCAAAGGAGGUUCUGGUCUUGUCCUGCAGCCUAUGGCUGUUACUGCCAGGGGUCACCAGGACUGGCAAGGGUGCAGGACUAGUGAGGGUGUCCAGGCUGAGCCAGCCCCUGGCCUCAGCCUCUAGAAGCACCCCACUCUGUACAGGGGCCCCCAGGGCUCUGCCUACAGGAGGGAGAACCUGGGCAGGAGCUUUGGCUCCCUGAGAUCAUGGGCUAGGGGUGUUUACCUACACAUGUACCCCUCUAGCGGAGGCCCCAUCGCUGCCAGGCCAUCCCCUGUGACUCAGGUCAGUGGCAAGAGCCAGCCCACCUGCACCCCACAGGGCCAGUGCUGAUUGUCCCUGGUGCAGUCCCUGGUGUAGCAUAGGCAGGCAGCAGGGCCAGGGACACAGAUGAGCCUGGGUUUUCUUAAGAGGCAGAAAGAGGCUCCUGACUUGAGUAAACAUGGGUGUUUACUCCCUGGAUGAGUGCUGAGAAGUGGCUUCCUCGGGCAGCACUCUGGAUGACAGGUCAGCUUGCAGGGCUGGGCCCAGCCUGAGGUGGUCAGCCACAAGCCUGCAACCCCAGUGUCUUCAUUCCUGCUGGGGGGUUCGCGUAGGUCCUGGCAGCAGUAGGUCUGGGUGCCUCUGGACAGGCCAAGACCCUUUCUCCUGGGGAUGUGGGGCUCCUGGGUUGUGGGGGAAAGAGAUUGGGCAGGACAGGAAGGACCCUAGGGAUUGGGGAAUUUGGUCUCCUGGUCUUGGUCCUUCCCACUGCCCAACCU